UUGUAGAUUUUUGCACAAAUUGUACAUCAAUUUCAUUUAAAGCGUUAUAAAAAGCACAAAAACAAGCCAUAAAAUCUAGUGAUUCAUUUAGAAAAUUCAUUAGUUUUACGUUGGACGUCGUUGAAAACGUUACAAAAAUAACGCAAGAAGCGGUUGCUUUGAAAAAAAAAAUCUUAAAAAAAAGUGCAUUUUAUAUUGACAGUAUACAAAAAAAUAAAUUAAACAAAUACAGAUUGAUUGUCAGUGUGAUUUGACAGCAUUAAGACUCAUUUAUUAUUUGGAUAAAAAUCUAUCAGUUAUAAAAACCAAACUAGACUUAAACCAAAAUGUCUAAAGCUCCCGCAAUUGGUAUAGAUCUUGGCACCACUUAUUCGUGUGUUGGUGUUUGGCAAAAUAAUAAAGUUGAGAUCAUUGCAAAUGAUCAGGGAAAUCGUACAACACCCAGUUAUGUUGCAUUCAACGAUACUGAACGUUUAAUUGGUGAUGCUGCCAAAAAUCAGGUUGCCAUGAAUGCCAAAAACACCGUUUUCGAUGCCAAACGCUUAAUUGGUCGCAAAUUCGAUGAUCCUAAAACUCAGCAAGACAUGAAACAUUGGCCCUUCCAGGUGAUCAGUGAUUGUGGCAAGCCCAAAAUUGAAGUAGAAUUCAAGGGAGAGCGUAAACGUUUUGCACCCGAAGAGAUCAGUUCUAUGGUGUUGACCAAAAUGCGUGAAAUUGCCGAAGUCUAUUUGGGUGGCAAAGUAACCGAUGCUGUCAUUACGGUACCGGCCUACUUCAAUGAUUCCCAGCGUCAAGCUACCAAAGAUGCUGGUUCCAUUGCUGGUUUAAAUGUCCUACGUAUUAUUAAUGAACCUACUGCUGCCGCUUUAGCCUAUGGUCUGGAUAAAAACUUAAAGGGUGAAAAGAAUGUGCUGAUUUUCGAUUUGGGUGGUGGUACUUUUGAUGUCUCCAUCUUAACCAUUGAUGAAGGUUCAUUGUUUGAGGUGAAAUCUACUGCUGGUGACACACAUUUGGGUGGUGAAGAUUUUGACAAUCGUUUGGUCAACUUCUUUGUGGAUGAAUUUAAACGCAAGCACAAGCGCGAUUUGUCUGGCAAUGUGCGCGCCUUGAGACGUUUACGCACUGCCUGUGAAAGAGCUAAGCGUACAUUGUCUUCCAGCACUGAGGCUUCUUUGGAAAUCGAUGCCUUACAUGAAGGCAUUGAUUUCUAUUCCAAAAUCACCAGAGCCCGUUUUGAGGAACUUAAUAUGGAUUUGUUCCGCUCCACCUUGACACCCGUUGAGAAAGCAUUGAACGAUGCUAAAAUGGAUAAAUCUUCCAUUCAUGAUGUUGUCUUGGUUGGUGGCUCAACACGCAUUCCUAAAAUCCAGAAAAUGUUGCAAGAUUUCUUCGGUGGCAAGCAAUUGAAUUUAUCUAUUAACCCAGAUGAGGCUGUAGCCUAUGGUGCUGCCGUUCAAGCAGCUAUUCUCACUGGAGUUGGCAGUUCUCAGAUUCAAGAUGUCCUCUUGGUUGAUGUUACCCCCUUGUCGUUGGGUAUUGAAACUGCCGGUGGUGUUAUGACUAAAUUGAUUGAACGUAAUGCUCGCAUUCCCUGCAAACAACAACAGACCUUCACCACCUAUAGUGACAAUCAAAAUGCUGUUACCAUUCAGGUGUAUGAAGGUGAACGUGCCAUGACAAAGGACAACAAUUUGUUGGGUACUUUCAAUUUGACUGGUAUUCCACCCGCACCCAGAGGAGUACCUAAAAUUGAAGUAACUUUCGAUUUGAAUGCCGAUGGCAUCUUAAAUGUAUCGGCUAAAGAUAAUAGUACUGGCAAGUCCGAAAAGAUUACUAUUACAAAUGAUAAGGGACGUUUGUCAAAGUCUGAAAUUGAUAGAAUGUUAUCAGAUGCCGAAAAGUACAAAGAUGAAGAUGAAAAGCAAAGACAACGUGUUCAAGCUCGUAAUGCUUUGGAAGGUUAUAUUUUCAGUUGCAAGCAAGCCAUUGAAGAAGCUCCGGCUGGCAAACUUACCGAUUCCGAUAAAUCGACAGUGCGUGACAAGUGCUCUUCCGAAAUGUCUUGGCUGGAUAAUAAUACUUUGGCCGAAAAGGAAGAAUUUGAUGAUCAUUUGAAGGACUGUCAACGUGUUUGUGGUCCAAUUAUGUCCAAAAUGCAUGGUGCCGGCGAUGCUGGCCAAAAGUCUCAAGGUGGUCAAGGUGGCCGUGGUGGUCCCACCGUAGAGGAAGUUGACUAAAUUGGAAUUUUUAUGUAUUGUUUUUGAUAUUUCUUUCUUUUUUAAUUUUGUUGAUCCUAUAUAAAAUAAUUUUGUAAUACAGUUUUUUUUUACUAAACCAUGAAA